GGCUUCUCGCGAGAGUGGCGGAGCUGCGGGGACCGAGAGCUGCGGGCGGGCUGGAGGUACCCCACCGCGGGGUGGUGCUCUGACUGCGGGAACCGUUGAAGAGGUGCCCCCGGGGAGUCAGCGAGGCGCCACUGGUCCCUUAGACAUCUUCUCAAGAUUAUGCUAAGAGAAAUGACUGCACCCUCUUCCUGAGCUAUGGCAGUCAGACCUGGCAGUGGUAACUACUCUACAGAACUCCCAAACCUGGCAAGGAUGGUGCAGAUUGUGGCAGAUUAUGGCUUUGUCUCCACCCAGCACUGAUGAUAUUAUGAACAGACCUAUACUACAAGAAAUGAUAAUGGAAGUUCUUCAAGUGAACAGGAAAUGAUAUUAAGAGAAAACUUGGAUCUUCAGGAGCAAAUGAAGAACAUCAGAAAUGUAGAAACAGCUGCUGAGAAGAGAUGACUAAAAGCUGAAAAGUGAAGAAUUAACACUGGUUUAUUGGCAGAAGCAGAAGCUUCAGGACUCCUGAAUUGAGGGAAUGAUCUCAAUUCCAAGGAUUAUCUCUCAGUGAGAACAAGCAACUUUCAUUGUUAGAGAGAGGAGAGAGAGAGAAGCCUUGUUGGUUGACGUCACUUGGUUCAUGAAGCCUUCGCCUAGAAGUGAAGCUGCUGAACAAACCUUGAGAAGAAUCAUCUCCUGCUUCAAUCUGCUGCUGGAUAGGAACUAAUCAGAGAGAGAGAGGCGGAAGACGGAGAAGGAGGGAGUCGAGGGCUUUCCCGAUCACAAAUCUCACCUCCACUACAACUCUCUUUAUACUUUUCUUGCAGAAAUAAUAAUAGAAAUAAGGAGGUGGUGGGGUUUCCAAAAAUCUUAACCUUCAACCAUCUGGGGAAAAGGCAAAAAUCCCAUCUACCGCAACUCUCAGUUCGAAAGUAAAGGUUUUCCAACAGUGAUGUCACAAGAUUGACCACAUUGAUCACAAUAUGGAGUCUGGAGAACGGUUACCAUCCUCAGCAGCCUCCUCUACUACACCAACUUCAUCUUCGACACCUUCUGUGGCUUCAGUAGUUUCAAAAGGUGGCCUUUCCACUGGAGUUGCUUCACUUAGCUCUACAAUCAACCCAUGUGGACAUUUAUUCAGAACAGCUGGGGAUCAACCGUUUAACCUGUCCACAGUGUCGAGUGCCUUCCCAAUGGUCAGCCACCCAGUCUUUGGUCUACAUUCAGCCAGCUCAGGGCAUUCAGAAUUUGGUGGUUUGGGGACACUUGGUACACCCACAGCCUUAGCCGCACAUCCCCAACUAGCAUCUUUUCCAGGUGCAGAAUGGUGGCGAACAACCGAUGCUCAUACACGUACAGGAGCAACCUUCUUUCCACCAUUACUGGGAAUUCCACCACUAUUUGCUCCCCCAGCCCAGAAUCAUGAUUCUUCUUCAUUCCAUUCAAGGACUUCAGGAAAAAGUAAUCGAAAUGGUCCUGAAAAAGGAGUAAAUGGGUCAAUAAAUGGAAAUAAUACAUCAUCUGUAAUUGGUAUCAACACAUCUGUACUAUCCACUACUGCUUCAAGUUCCAUGGGACAAACUAAAAGUACAAGCUCAGGUGGAGGAAAUCGAAAAUGUAAUCAGGAACAAAGCAAAAACCAGCCUUUGGAUGCUAGAGUUGACAAAAUCAAGGAUAAGAAACCAAGGAAGAAAGCAAUGGAAAGUUCCAGCAACAGUGAUAGUGAUUCAGGCACAUCAUCAGACACCUCAAGUGAAGGCAUUAGUAGUAGUGAUUCAGAUGAUCUAGAAGAUGAAGAGGAAGAAGAUCAAAGUAUUGAAGAAAGUGAAGAUGAUGAUUCUGAUUCAGAGAGUGAAGCACAACAUAAAAGUAACAACCAGGUGCUAUUACAUGGUAUUUCAGACCCAAAAGCAGAUGGACAGAAAACAACUGAAAAAGCCCAGGAAAAAAGAAUACACCAGCCAUUACCUCUUGUGUCUGAAUCCCAGACUCACUCAUCAUUCCAAUCCCAGCAGAAGCAGCCUCAGGUUUUGUCACAGCAGCUUCCAUUUAUUUUCCAAAGCUCUCAGGCAAAGGAGGAAUCUGUGAACAAACACACCAGUGUGAUACAGUCUACGGGAUUGGUGUCCAAUGUGAAACCUUUAUCUUUGGUAAAUCAAGCCAAAAAGGAAACUUACAUGAAACUCAUAGUUCCUUCUCCUGAUGUUCUUAAAGCAGGGAAUAAAAAUACCUCUGAAGAAUCUAGUUCAUUGACCAGUGAAUUGAGAUCCAAACGGGAACAAUAUAAACAGGCAUUCCCAUCACAGUUAAAGAAACAAGAGUCAUCUAAGAGCCUGAAGAAGGUUAUUGCAGCUUUGUCAAAUUCAAAAGCAACCUCUAGUUCACCAGCACAUCCAAAACAAACAUUAGAAAACAACCACCCAAAUCCAUUCUUGACAAAUGCACUUUUAGGUAAUCACCAACCAAAUGGAGUUAUUCAAAGUGUCAUUCAAGAAGCUCCUCUAGCACUUACUACCAAAACUAAAAUGCAGAGCAAGAUUAAUGAAAACGUUGCUGCUGCAAGUAGCACCCCUUUUUCCUCACCUGUAAAUUUGAGUACAAGUGGGAGAAGAACCCCUGGCAAUCAGACACCUAUAAUGCCCUCUGCCUCUCCCAUCCUGCAUAGUCAAGGGAAGGAAAAAACAGUUAGCAAUAAUGUAAACCCGGUAAAAACACAGCAUCACUCCCAUCCUGCAAAACCUUUAGUGGAACAAUUCAGAGGAACAGAUUCAGACAUUCCCAGUAGUAAAGAUUCUGAAGAUUCAAAUGAGGAUGAAGAGGAAGAUGAUGAGGAAGAAGAUGAAGAAGAUGAUGAAGAUGAUGAAUCUGAUGACAGCCAAUCAGAAUCAGAUAGUAAUUCAGAAUCAGAUACAGAAGGAUCAGAAGAAGAAGAUGAUGAUGAUAAAGACCAAGAUGAAUCAGAUAGUGAUACUGAAGGAGAGAAAACUUCAAUGAAACUGAAUAAAACAACUUCCUCUGUCAAAAGCCCUUCCAUGAGUCUCACAGCUCACUCAACACCUCGUAACCUCCACAUAGCAAAAGCCCCAGGCUCUGCUCCUGCUGCCUUAUGUUCUGAAUCCCAGUCACCUGCUUUUCUUGGUACAUCUUCUUCCACACUUACUUCAAGCCCACACUCUGGCACUUCCAAAAGAAGAAGAGUAACAGAUGAACGUGAACUGCGUAUUCCAUUGGAAUAUGGCUGGCAGAGAGAGACAAGAAUAAGAAACUUUGGAGGGCGCCUUCAAGGAGAAGUAGCAUAUUAUGCUCCAUGUGGAAAGAAACUUAGGCAGUACCCUGAAGUAAUAAAGUAUCUCAGCAGAAAUGGAAUAAUGGAUAUCUCAAGGGACAAUUUCAGCUUCAGUGCAAAAAUAAGAGUGGGUGACUUCUAUGAAGCCAGAGAUGGACCGCAGGGAAUGCAGUGGUGUCUUUUGAAAGAAGAGGAUGUCAUUCCUCGUAUCAGGGCAAUGGAAGGCCGUAGAGGAAGACCACCAAAUCCAGACAGACAGCGAGCAAGAGAGGAAUCCAGGAUGAGACGUCGGAAGGGUCGACCUCCAAAUGUUGGCAAUGCUGAAUUCCUAGAUAACACAGAUGCAAAGUUGCUAAGAAAACUGCAAGCUCAAGAAAUAGCCAGGCAAGCAGCACAAAUAAAGCUUUUGAGAAAACUUCAAAAGCAGGAGCAGGCUCGAGUUGCUAAAGAAGCCAAAAAACAACAAGCAAUAAUGGCUGCUGAGGAGAAGCGAAAGCAAAAAGAACAGAUAAAGAUUAUGAAACAGCAGGAAAAAAUUAAGAGAAUACAGCAAAUCAGAAUGGAAAAAGAACUUCGAGCUCAGCAAAUUCUAGAGGCUAAAAAGAAAAAGAAGGAAGAAGCGGCAAAUGCCAAAUUAUUGGAGGCCGAGAAACGAAUAAAGGAAAAAGAAAUGAGAAGACAACAAGCUGUUCUUCUGAAACAUCAGGAGUUGGAGAGGCAUAGACUAGAUAUGGUAUGGGAACGAGAGCGAAGGCGACAACACAUGAUGCUUAUGAAAGCUAUGGAGGCUCGUAAAAAAGCAGAAGAAAAAGAACGGUUGAAGCAAGAAAAACGUGAUGAGAAAAGAUUAAAUAAAGAGCGUAAACUAGAGCAACGAAGAUUAGAAUUAGAAAUGGCAAAGGAACUAAAGAAGCCUAAUGAAGACAUGUGCUUAGCAGACCAAAAGCCUUUGCCAGAGUUGCCUCGUAUUCCAGGACUUGUUCUCUCUGGAAGUACAUUUUCAGACUGUCUCAUGGUGGUGCAGUUCUUACGAAACUUUGGUAAAGUUUUGGGCUUUGAUGUGAAUAUUGAUGUUCCAAACCUGAGUGUUCUUCAAGAGGGAUUGCUAAAUAUAGGGGACAGCAUGGGUGAAGUACAAGACUUGCUUGUGAGGCUCCUCUCAGCUGCUGUAUGUGAUCCAGGUCUAAUAACAGGAUACAAGGCUAAAACAGCUCUUGGAGAACAUUUGCUGAAUGUUGGUGUGAAUCGAGACAAUGUUUCCGAGAUUUUACAGAUAUUUAUGGAAGCCCACUGUGGACAAACUGAGCUUACUGAAAGUCUGAAGACCAAAGCUUUUCAGGCUCAUACUCCGGCACAGAAAGCUUCAGUCCUGGCUUUCCUGAUCAAUGAACUGGCAUGCAGCAAGAGUGUGGUCAGUGAAAUCGACAAGAACAUUGAUUAUAUGUCAAACUUGAGGAGAGAUAAAUGGGUGGUAGAAGGUAAACUCCGCAAGCUCAGAAUCAUUCAUGCUAAGAAAACAGGCAAAAGAGACACUUCAAGUGGCACUGAUCUUGGAGAAGAGCAGCAUCCCUUGGGCACACCCACUCCAGGACGCAAGCGAAGAAGGAAGGGAGGAGACAGUGAUUAUGACGAUGAUGAUGACGAUGACAGUGAUGACCAAGGUGAUGAAGAUGAUGAAGACGAGGAAGAUAAAGAAGACAAAAAAGGAAAAAAGACUGAUAUCUGUGAAGAUGAGGAUGAAGGUGACCAAGCAGCAAGUGUUGAAGAGCUGGAAAAACAGAUUGAAAAACUGAGUAAACAACAGAGUCAGUACAGAAGGAAGCUCUUUGAUGCCUCUCACUCAUUGCGUUCAGUGAUGUUCGGCCAGGAUCGUUACAGACGCCGGUACUGGAUUCUUCCCCAAUGUGGGGGGAUUUUUGUAGAAGGCAUGGAGAGUGGUGAAGGUGCCAAGGAACUUCACCAAAGUGGAGGGACCUUUAUGAGUAUAAACAACAGAGGACUAGAAGAAAUUGCAAAAGAAAGAGAAAAACUAAAAAAGGCAGAAAGUGUCCAGAUCAAAGAAGAAAUGUUUGAGACUUCUGGGGACAGUUUAAAUUGUUCAAAUACGGAUCACUGUGAACAAAAGGAAGAUCUUAAAGAAAAAGAUAACACAAAUCUGUUCCUUCAGAAACCUGGCUCUUUUUCCAAAUUAAGCAAGCUUUUAGAAGUAGCUAAGAUGCCUCCUGAGUCAGAGGUUAUAACCCCCAAACCAAAUGCUGGUGCAAAUGGGUGCACAUUGUCUUAUCAGAACAGUGGAAAACAUUCACUGGGCAGUGUUCAGUCAACAGCAACGCAAAGCAAUGUGGAAAAGGCAGACUCGAAUAAUCUGUUUAAUACUGGUUCAAGUGGUCCAGGGAAGUUCUACAGUCCUCUCCCCAGUGACCAGUUACUGAAAACGCUAACUGAAAAGAAUAGGCAAUGGUUUAGUCUUUUGCCACGAAUGCCUUGUGAUGAUACUUCACUUACUCAUGCCGAUAUGUCAACUGCUUCUUUGGUGACUCCUCAGUCUCAGCCACCAUCUAAGUCACCUUCACCUGCCCCAGCUCCUCUUGGAUCUUCUACUCAGAAUCCUGUUGGCUUAAAUCCAUUUGCUUUAUCACCUCUUCAGGUGAAAGGUGGAGUAUCUAUGAUGGGACUUCAGUUUUGUGGGUGGCCCACUGGUGUGCUUACUUCUAAUAUUCCAUUUGCAUCAUCUGUACCUGGUCUGGGAUCGGGGUUAGGGUUAUCAGAAGGAAACGGUAAUUCGCUCUUGACUUCCACUGUUGCUUCGAGUAAAAGUGAGUCUCCAGUACCACAGAAUGAAAAGGCCACUUCAGCUCAACCUGCAGCUGUUGAAGUAGCAAAACCAGUAGAUUUUCCUAGUCCAAAACCUAUUCCAGAAGAAAUGCAGUUUGGUUGGUGGAGAAUUAUUGACCCAGAGGACCUAAAAGCUUUGCUCAAAGUGCUACAUCUCAGAGGAAUAAGAGAAAAGGCAUUACAAAAACAAAUUCAGAAACAUUUGGAUUAUAUUACUCAAGCCUGCAUCAAGAAUAAGGAUGUUGCUAUUAUUGAACUGAAUGAAAAUGAAGAAAACCAAGUAACUCGAGAUAUUGUGGAGAACUGGUCAGUAGAAGAACAAGCAAUGGAAAUGGAUUUGAGUGUCCUUCAACAGGUAGAAGAUCUAGAAAGGAGAGUUGCAUCAGCAAGUUUGCAAGUGAAGGGUUGGAUGUGUCCAGAGCCUGCAUCAGAAAGGGAGGACUUGGUAUAUUUUGAACAUAAGUCAUUUACUAAAUUGUGCAAGGAGCAUGAUGGAGAAUUUACUGGCGAAGAAGAAAGCAGUGCACAUGCACUAGAACGGAAGAGUGACAACCCCCUAGAUAUAGCUGUAACCAGGCUGGCUGAUUUGGAGCGGAACAUUGAAAGAAGGUAUCUGAAGAGCCCCUUAAGUACCACCAUUCAGAUCAAACUGGAUAAUGUGGGCACAGUUACUGUCCCUGCUCCUGCACCAUCCAUUAGUGGUGAUGGUGACGGAAUUGAAGAGGAUAUUGCUCCAGGGCUCAGGGUAUGGAGAAGGGCAUUAUCAGAAGCUCGCAGUGCUGCACAGGUAGCUCUGUGCAUUCAGCAAUUACAGAAAUCAAUAGCAUGGGAAAAAUCAAUUAUGAAAGUUUACUGCCAAAUCUGUCGAAAGGGAGAUAAUGAAGAACUGCUUCUUCUUUGUGAUGGCUGUGACAAAGGCUGUCAUACCUACUGCCAUAGACCCAAGAUUACAACAAUCCCAGAUGGAGAUUGGUUUUGUCCAGCUUGCAUUGCUAAGGCAAGUGGUCAAACUCUAAAAAUCAAAAAACUUCAUGUCAAAGGAAAAAAGACUAAUGAGUCAAAGAAAGGCAAGAAGGUAACUUUAACAGGAGACACUGAAGAUGAAGACUCUGCAUCUACAAGUAGUUCACUAAAAAGAGGAAACAAAGACCUCAAGAAAAGAAAAAUGGAAGAAAACACUUCUAUUAACUUGUCAAAACAAGAAAGUUUUACUUCAGUUAAGAAACCAAAAAGAGAUGACUCCAAGGACCUAGCUCUUUGCAGUAUGAUUCUGACUGAAAUGGAAACUCAUGAGGAUGCAUGGCCUUUUCUACUCCCUGUAAACUUGAAACUUGUUCCUGGUUAUAAGAAAGUUAUUAAGAAGCCUAUGGAUUUUUCCACAAUUAGAGAGAAACUAAGUAGUGGACAGUAUCCAAACCUUGAAACCUUUGCUCUAGAUGUCAGGCUUGUUUUUGACAACUGUGAAACAUUUAAUGAAGAUGAUUCUGAUAUAGGCAGAGCUGGCCACAAUAUGAGGAAGUAUUUUGAAAAAAAAUGGACAGAUACUUUCAAAGUGAGCUGAAGUUAUAAUAAUCUCUUUAUUUUUUUCCUUUUAAACAAGGACAAAUGAGACCAGCAAUGUGAACUGUAUUUACAUAAAUGUGCAAGGCACAUACAUAAUGACUUUCUUUUUCCUUAAGAUAAGUAUAAAAAAAAGAAGUAUCAGAAGAAUGAUACCAUUUUUAAAGGCUUCACUCCUACAACAACCAAGGCCCUCGGUUAUUGGUUUGUGUGAUUUAUCAGCUAAUUUAGGUAGAACAGGGAAGCACACCCAAAGAAUUUUCAAAGGAAGGGGUGUUAUAGUGCAAUAGCAAUUAAAAUAUAUCAAAUCGCACUGAAUACUCAACACCAGAGCUCUAACGUGGGAAAUGGUUCUCCUUUCCCUCUCAAUAAAUAUCUAUUUUUCAUUUUUUUACUUUGUAGUUUAUUUUUUAGUGAAUGUAUUUAAUUUUAUGAAUUAUUUAUGAUUAAACCACAUCCAGAAUCUUCGUUUUCUGUGAAAAGGAAGAACUAGAAAAUUGCUUUAAAUCUUGAAAAUACAACAAGGAAUGUUUUAAAAUAUAAAACAAAGCCAAGUUAAACUGUUUACACUGAUGUGCUAUAAAAGCACCAAAAAGAAACUUUACUGUAGAGUUACAAGUACAUUUAUAUAUAUAUGUUGCUGCAUCACUUGUGUAGUUAAAUUGUAUUUCAAAACAGUGAAAACAUUGACAUGUAUAUACUGUUCAUUCUUGUUUAUAUUAAGUCUUGUUUUAAAUAUGUAUUAUGUGUAUAUAUUGUUUGCAGACAUUAUUGUUCAUGCCUUAGAGGAUUGUAGCAUUUUAUUUUCGUCUGAAGGUAAUGAUAGCUAUACAGUCUGUACAGUAAUUAUCCUCUACCAACACUGUGGCGUCUCCUUAAUCUUGGUAGUGCCUGCCUUUGAAACAGGGUGUAGGGGAUAUUAGUUUUCCAUUUUUCUAUUUUGUUAUAUAAUUUUAAGCCACCAGGGCCUAAAUUAAAGUAUAAUCAUUUGUAUCCAUGUGGAAUAAAAUUGUGACAAUUUCCUACGCACACAGUAUUUUUUCAUAGAAACAUUUCCCUCCCAUUUGCCUUGCCUCAGAAAUAAAUUUAAAAGACAUUUGUAACCACUGUGUUUUAUCUACUGUGUGUUGUGGUGGCCUGUUGGAGGCAAAUAGAUCAGAAUUUUUUUUUUGUACCUAUGUAAGAGUACUUGAAGUUUUAUUUAAAAUAAAAUGUUGUGGAAAAGGUAGCAUUCUUUUUUUUAGGAGUGUUAUUUUUCACUAUGUAUGGCACGGAUACAAUAAAAGGCUUUUACAAACUAA